UAUUCUGCGGCAUUUUUCGGCGACCGGAGUUCAGAGACCCGCUUUUUAAACGAUUGAUUAGAUCCGCCCCUGACUCACGAUCUACUUUACUGUUCCAACUCUUGUCGCAACGUCCACUCUUUAAUCUUCCCCCCCCCUUCCAAUUCUCCCAUUGAACCAGACUCCCGUUUCUGGAUGCUUUCCCCAUUGAAGUGAUUCCCACUCAUACUCUUCAUGUUUCUGCGAUUCAGCGAAAACCCACAGCGAUCUUCCUUCCCCCCCAAAAUUCCCCACCAUGGAGUUCGGAGCAAAGUUAAACACGGAUGUUCUUCACAGUCCCGAAAAAUUCAUUCAGCCGGGUAAGCCCGAGGACAUAACAAAAUGUAAAGACCACCGCCAAAUUUCCGUCUCCGCAAAAGAGAACAUCAGUCUUCUCUGUGUCAACUCAAACAGAAAGUUGACCCACUACGGCUUCUACGCCCGCAUUCUCUCGAUCAUCGAUGACUCGAAUAUCCCCGUCGAGCUUUUACUAACCAGCGACAAUUGUGUGACCAUCGCGAUUGACUCGAACGCUGUUAGUGAGGAGGCUCUACGGACCGCCCAGAAUGAGAUGCUGGCGUAUAGCCGUCCCGUGUUGGCUGGGGAUAUGGUUAUGCUGUCCGUGAAAAUCGCGUCGAAACAUUACUGUAAUGAGGUUUUGUCUUCGACUUUUUCCAUUUUGAGUGCUUGUUGCAUUCCUGUGCAUAUGAUUUCCCUUGCUGCUGAUGAGCCCAUCGUCUACUGUGUCAUCAGUAAAUCGGACGUGUCGCGGGCCCAGAAGACGCUCUAUUCUAAUUUGCAUCAGCACUAUGCCUGGUGGAACUGAUGCCGGAAUGGAGGCUUCCUUCAUUGAGCUGAUGUGGCAGCGCAGCUCUACUAUGGCGGUGGUGAUUACUCACGAACUGGGACAAUCCAGUGAAGAGAAAACCCCCCGCCAAAUUAUCAUUGAUACAACACAUAGACUCAACGAUAAUGCAUAUCCGAUCGAUCAUUCAUCAAUGAGGUCGGGUCGGAUUCAACUUCUCAUGCCUAUUCAUCAUAGUGCACCAUAGCUAGGUACUGGCAAUUGGAAGUAUUGCUGUCCUACAUUCAUUUGUCCUUAGAUAAACAACUAGCAAUUCAUUCCUUCGAUAUUAGAAAUUAUGGACACAUACAAGUCCAAC